GCCUUCUCUCGCAGCGCUUUCCUACUACCCGCUCUGCUCUGUGGUAUGUGGGCCAGUACCUGUAUGUUUAUAUGUACCAUACGCUCUGCACAUGUUAUGCACUCGCUCCACGGCCAGCGGAGUUUCGUACAACAGUAUACGAAGAUCGUGCGCUUUUGCUAUGGAACUAACUACACUCCUCGUUGUCGUUCUCGGCGUCUUCGUUGCCAUUCUGGCUCCCAUCAUCAUCAUCAUCCGCCGCAGGCUCCAGCCCUUGAAACUGUGGGAGGUCCAAGUAGGAUUGACAGUCAACCAUACGCCCGAGUGGUUCUCCUCCGAGAGCCAGAGUGAAGUUUCGCAUCACGUCUCGCAUCCAUCCCUCCACCGUAUGCGCCGAAAUGCGAUCCAGCCCUUCAUGGAUAAGAUGGGGCAGGUUGUCUUGGGUGGCUCGGAUUUCGUGGCAGCGUAUGGAUGGCUUCACACUCCCAAACACCCACUCCGCACAACUGAAGAACGGUGUGGACGAUGGGAGCAAUUUGAGGGUAUGGCCUGCAUCUUGAAUGAUGUCUUUGAUGAUGCGGCGACGGUGAAGAGGCGCAUUGUCCAUAAGGAGGACUUGAUUGGGCUCGUCAAGUCGGGGAAGCACAUCUUCUCGGAGAAG